GGUUCAGCAGGUGACAGGCUCGGGCCAGGCUGCCCGGAGCAGAGCUCCUCUGCCUGCUCAUCAGAGCGGCUUGGCCAGGGGGAAUGACUCAGGGGAGGCGGAGGAGAAGAUGGGAGGGAGGGCGGCUUUGGGCUCCCCUCCCCUUCCCCAGCGAUGCCCCCUCCGCCACGGCACAGCUGCCGCCCAUAAAGAGUGGAGGGACCUCAGCCUCGCAGCCCCGCACCCCGCAGCCUCGCAGCCCCGCACCCCGCAGCCUCGCAGCCCCGAAUCCCUCAGCCUCGCAGCCUCGCAGCCCCGCACGCUGGGCAUGCGGUGAGCGCCGUCCGGCAGCACCGCAGCCUUCGGAACCGCAGCGCCCGCUGAAACGCUGCGAGGGAGCGGCCGCCGCGCCCCAGCUCAAGAUGCAGAGGUGCGCGGGUUUCCUGUUUCUCUCUUUCAUCCUUUGUGCCGCUCUGUCAGAAACAUUCGGGCUGGUUUUCUCAGCAAAAGAAAAAAGGGGAUGGACUUUGAAUAGUGCUGGUUACCUGCUUGGGCCACAUGCAGUAGAUAACCACAGAUCUUUUAAUGACAAACAUGGAUUCACAGGUAAACGUGAACUGCAGCCUGAUGAUGAUGUUAAAGCAGGGAAUCUGGGAAGGACGCUGCCUGACGAGAACGUUGUGCGCACACUGAUCGAGUUCUUGACUUACUUGCACCUCAAAGAGGUGGGAGCACUUGACAAACUACCUUCACCAGAGGAAACAAACCAGUCUUGAAGAAGAGUGUAUUUUAUUUUGUUGUAAUGUAGAUUUAGAUUGAGUUCUAUACAAAAGAUUCAAAUGAGCUGAAG